AUGGCCGCUAAGUGGCUAAAAGGAAUUUAUUUUGCAAACAUUGCUGCAGCGACACCCGACUUAAAUGGACAGACAAAUUUGGUGGACCAGAUCACGGAAUUCAUAUUCCAGCGGCUGGUAAGGGCUUUAGAAAAUUACAUAAAAAAUACGGUUAAACGUCGUCGCCCCGCUUACAUAAUGCAGCCUACGCAGAUUUCUUUAAGUCGACCCGAAGUGGAUUUGGACCAAAUAUUCUCAAGCCGGGCCCAGUUUUACGGUGCGAUGGCCGCUAAGCGGCUAAAAGCUCAUUAUUAUGGCAACAUUGCUUCGGAAAGAAAUGUGCCAAUUAAUGAUUUAGUAGACCAAAUACCAGCAGGGUCUACGUUCCGGCGACUGGUCGAAAAUUGUGUAAAGGACUUGGUGAGGAACGCCUGUGUACCGGAGUUGCCCUUUGCCUGUGCACAAAACUUGCCGGCCCAAGUUUCGACGGUCGAAAUAGUCGACCCGGUAACGAUUAUCGAAAAUGAUCAGGACGUGGCGUCUAGUGAAACGACAGAGUCCGGGAUCCAAGUCCACGAGCAGGUGCCACAAGCGGUUAGCGUAGAAAUAAAGGUAAAACGUAGACGAACACUUUGGUCCCACGCCAAAAAAUUGUUUUCGCGUAUGAUAUGCUGUAACUGUACUACAGCAGAUUAG